GUCAGUUUGCUAGUAAAGUUGUAAAAGCCUGAACCACAUUUCCUGUCUGUAAGAAUGCAGGGGAAGAAAAGACUAGAGACUUUUAAGACUGACGGCAACUCUGGAGAUAGAUUUAUGCUGUCAGAUCUGAAAUAAAAGCACAUCCAAGGUCUGCCAACAUAACAUAACUUGAUUUCCUGUUGGAUAAAGAGACUGGGUAUAUUCCUAAAAACAACAAAACCAGUUACAGAAAUGGAAUGCCACCCUUCUGUCUGGGGAGUUUUGGCCUUUCUGAGUCUGGCUCUGAUUGUUUCAUUGAUACUGAAUAUUUCACACUAUAUGAAAAAGAAGCAAGAAACUAAAACGUAUAAAGACUACGAAGACAACAGUCCAAGCUAUGAUGACCAUUACACAGAAGAUGACCCAGUUUAUGGCAAUCUCAGUCAAGAAAUUUUAGAGGAAUGUUGUUACGAGCAGAUGAAGUCCCAGCCUCAAAUGCCAGUUAACCAACUACAGGUGGAGCCUGACCAUCAGAUGUGUUAUGCCUCACUUGAUCACAGUGUCAAGGGAAAACGCAGAAAACCAAGGAGAAAAAAAGACCCUUCAGUAGAGGAUGAAGAAAGAUCAUCCAAACCCACCAUUAUCACUUCAAAAGUUAGCAUUUACCUCAACAGUGAUCAGCUGGCUGCUGAAAAUACUGUAAACAUAGAAGCCAUUCAUGAUGAUCCCAUAAGACUAAUGGGUUUGAUUCAUACAUCAAAUGGAGAGAACAUUUGAAGUAGCUUCAUGAACCAAAUAUGUAAUCACAAAGUGAGAUCUGCUUUGGUUGUUCUGGAGGAACGGUGAAUGAUUAAAGACUGUAUCCUGUCAAACUGACAUACCAAACAUAGGUGUAAAACAGCUAAGUGAAAUGUUCCAAAUUGUCUUCCAAGCAAAUCCACGGACUAAGCAAGAAAUAACUGUAGGUCCAAACUGCCAUUUUAAAGGACCUGUCCUCCUGAAAAAGUUUUGAAAGGGAAUUGUAGGAGCAGUAUCACAGCAUUCACAUGGUACUCAAGUAAAAAUUAAACCUUUGUUUAAAACAACCAUCAACCUUCAAACAGUCACAAAAGACCUACUCAUUUGUGUGUAAGAACUCCUGCACAGUACGACUGUUCUUCUAUAUAGGUUUUCACAAUACUUUUGGAAAGAAAUGGUGUUUUGCACAAGUACACUUAAGGAUUUAGUUGUUUUCCCAAUUAAACACUGAUCUGCUAUUCAACAUUGUGUACUUCCCCACUGUCAGUAGCCUACGGUAUUAAAGGAAUAUACUUAAAGCUAAUUGGAGAAAUUUAACAACUUGUUUUAAGUAGUACCUGUACAUCUAGGAAGAUUUAACAAAACUCCUAUAUAUCUUUAUUUUCCUUCUGUGAGCAAUAUCAACAUACAUCUCAAAUCUUCAUUCCUCUACUAACAGUGUUUUAUUUCAUCCAUAUUCAAGAAUAAAUAUUGACAAAUGAUCUGUACCAAUAAAUCUCCUGUAGAGAAUUUUUUCCUUCUAAAAUUAUAUUUGAUAUUUAAAUUCCUACUGGGUGUUACAGUGCCAUUUAUCAUUAUUUUUAUUUUUAAGUAGAAAGAUUUUUAUUUCCUAAGUAUUUACAUACUGGUUGCCACUCAUAAGAUGGUAAGAUUUUAUAGUGAGGAUUUCUUUUUUGUAGCACGUUCUGGGAAGCCAUUAAAUAGUAGUAGCAGAAACAACAAGACAUGCUGAUGUACCACGCCUGCCUCUAGGUGUCAGAAAGUUCUGCCUUCUCAAAAAAAAAAAAAAGAUAUUAGUGCCUUUAAAAUCUAUGCAGAGCACCGUGCCGAGGAGCUUGAAAUGCUCAAGGAUAUUUGGAGACAUGACAGCAUCUCAGGUCCUGAAAGAGACAGCGGCCUCGAAAGCAGUGACAAAAAACAAACAACCUAUAGGUACAAAGAGCCACCACCUCUGGAAAAGCAGAAGUGGCUGCCUCUGUCUAGAGAUGCACAAAUUCAUGAAGAAAAACAAAUGUAGAGUUCUUUGACAGUCUGGCCCACAUUUAGUUUAGCUUAGUUAACAAAUCUCUCUCACAUGCCUUAACUUCUAUGUUAGACCAAAAUGAAUGACCCUGAGAGCCAAGCUGCUCAGUGUCUUGUGCUAGCAUGGACUUUCAUGUGCAAGAUCAAAUCACAAUAUGUUUUGACCAUUAGAUCCCAGAAACAAGGCAGACUCAGUAGCAUUAAACUGACUGUUAUCAUGGCCACUGACCACAUUAACACUAGAGAAACAGGAAUAAAUACUUGUGAAGAAUCAAUUAAAAACAAACACACGCACACCACCAUUUCAAUGGAGCAUCAUAUUAAUGAUGACCCUAACUAAAAUCCCAGGAGGGGAAAAAAAAACAGAAGUCAAAUCCAAAAUCCAAAGCUAAACAGCAAGAUAAGAGAGCACGAAGUGCUAUCUUAAUUUGAUCAGGUUGGAAAGAGUACCUUUUUUUUUUUUUAGCAGGGGCAAAG